CGCGACCCCGACCCUGGCCCCUUUAACUUGACAACACCACGACCCAACUGGUCUUCCCGCGCGUUUACUACCCUCACAUCCUCUUCCUCUCCUAAUGCACAAAUGGACUCUAUCAAGAAGGGCAACUGGCGGGUCCCAACUGCUCUGACAUUACCACCUAGAUGGCUCAAUGCCUACGGCGACUUCAUCACCAAGAACCAAAGCUCUGUGACCCAGAUAGAGUCGGCUCUACGGUCGUUGACAUAUGUCAUCCCUGGACGAUUUCGAGAUGCCGAACUCGCAUCAGAAAGCUUGCAUUCCUCCAUCCAGUUACUAUCCAUGUAUCACGAUACUCUCCUUACCCGCGCGAUCUCGAAACUUCCUGGCAUGCCACGGCAGCAAUCCCCUCAUAAUAGAUACACCAGAUUCUGGAUUCAACGUUCGAAACUUUAUAGGCGGAUAGCAACCCUGUUAUCUAUGAUACAAUACACGGAGCUGUUAUGGGAGAUGGCUGCGAAGAGGAGAGGGGAGAGGGUACGCUGGCGAGUCGUGGUGAUACUAGAGAUGAUCAAGGCUAUCUGUCGGCUAUGUCUACUCAAGAUAACGAAUUCAAGACCGCUUGUCACCCCUCCGCUUCCAGAACGAGAUGUCAUCCCGGAGGAGGCCCAGGCCGAGGAUGAGUUAUCGGACGAAGGGUUCCCAGAGGUACGGACGACGGAAGUCAAGGAGUACAAGAUGAAGCGGACAGGUCUGAGCCUUCCAACUCUUCCAAAUCCGAGCGAUAUCUCCAGUUAUCUCCUCUCAAGAGUCUUAACGGCGGAUGAUAUCAAGGCGCCCAGCGCCCUUCUCAACAGGGUCAACGGAUCAGCCCAGGUUGCGGAAUGGCUACAUAUCCUGCAACCGGUGGUCUAUGCAAUCGCAAUGGCCAGAAGCAAGGACAAAAAGAACUGGCAGCCUUGGUUACUGGGCCUUAGUAUCGAAUACGCUGCAAGGCAACUGAGGAACGACGGGUUGAGGACCACUACCUUGGAGAAAAACGAGUGGGCAGCUCGUGGGUAUAAGAUGGGCAUGUGGGCCAUGCGCGGAGCAUUCUACGAAAAUGUAACAAGAGGCUUACUUCAUGCGACAUCUCAGAGACUCCCCUCGUUAAUAUCAGGCAUCCUGGACGACUAUUUGUAUCUAUGGGACGGAUAUUAUUUCAGCACCAGUUCCAAUUGAUAGGAAUAAAUUGCCUACGAAGACGGAAUUCGAACGACUGUCAUUUGGAUGUCUUGAUAUAAUAUGCUCGUCCGGCCAAUGCACAGAACAGUGACCUGGUCUAACGACUCCGCCCAACCCAAAUAGCUCUCCCCAGUACAUCAAGACGUAGGCAAGAGAGGACCUUGCGUCGUGUUAGGAGCGAGGGCGAACCUACUGAACUGCAGAAAGAACCAAUCGGCGGCAGAGUACAAGCUCAGUGAUUUAGUAAUUGACAAACUGCUCAGGAAGCAUCUCGCCAUAUAUUCUACUGGUCAUCUAUGUAGCUAUGAGUCUUGGUACUUAUCGAGAAUUUCUUCGUCCC